AUUUUCGAACUCUGUCCACCUUAGUUAGUACCACGGGCGCUUGUGGUACUGCAGCGGAUGCGGUAACUGUUUCAAGUCCCUUUUCAUCCUCGGCGAAUGGGUUUCCACCCGCUGUGUGCGGAACAUUAACGGGACAACACAUGUAUUUUGAAACGGGCACAAGUGGAACAUCAGCUGGGACGCUCUCCAUUGCCAAAGGAACUGGAGCUGGGAGUCGCACCUUCGAUAUCAAAGUCACAUACUACACGUGCGACAAUCUGGCCAAAGCUCCCCCUGGAUGCACACAAUAUUUCACCGGACAAAGUGGAUCCUUCCAAUCCUAUAACCACGCAGGGGGUCAGCUUUUGACCAGCCAACUCUAUAGCAACUGCUUUCGACAAGAACCUGGUUUUUGCCGUUUGAGUUUGACAGAAUCCGCUACUGAAACACCAGACCCGUUCUUGUUAUCGGCUCCUCCUGGUAUGGCUGAGUCAACUUGUGCUGGACUUAGUCAUAUAACGGUCAUGACGUCUUUGGCUGGAAUGGCAUGCGGAGGUAUUCUUGGGAAAGACGGGGAUUCGGGUCCAGCCACAGUGACUACUACUUCAGGAUCCUUUGAAGUUGGAGUUCGAAGCCUAGCUGCUGGGACAGCCGGUAUCACGGGCUUCAAUCUGGACUAUGAACAAGUGGCAUGCGCAUAGAUCAACGAUAGAACAUUCACGUGUUUUCUUAUUUUUGUUUAGAUUUUGAAUAAUGGCAUGCUUAUUCGUUGAAAUGAAUGAUGGUUCACACAAAAAAACCUGCCCGUAACCUUGGGUCAUA